UUUUCUUUAAAGUGACCUACAUAAUUCAUGCCCAUUAGCAUUUUACAGAGCCUAAGAUGAGGUAUAGGUAGCAUAAUUUCCAUAGGUUAGUUUAUCAGCUAUCGACUGUACUUAGCAAUACCUCAUGUGUACCGCCUUAAACAUCAGAUGUUGUGGGAAUGGCAUAUUAGUUGGGAUUUUGGGAUUAUUACUUCACAAAAGUGCCAUGGAGUUACCCACAUCCCAAUCAGGCUGAAAGAAACGAAUUUCUCAUCUGCUGAACACCAUUCCUAGUGGAACAGCAUUCUUAUAUUGAAGUGUAGCACAGAUUAAUAAUCAAGUGGCUGAUCCUUGGUAGAGAACUGCUGUUUAUGUUUGGAAUAAGUAUUUCUUCCAGUGCAGCUCUUUUCCUCAAGGUUUGCCAUGAGGCUGAGAUUAUGCUUCCUACCUAAAAGUAGUAUUGUGUGUUUGAAUGAGGGGUAGGGAUAGGGGGGAGGCUGCUAUUGUAUGGUUAAAAAUGCUCAACAGGUAUGACCAAAGGUGUGUUAGAGCAGAAAAAUGUUUUGUACGUAAUUAUCAAAAGUUGGUCUUGGUCUUCAGAUACGUAUAUGUAGAAACCAGGAUUUCCUUAUGCAGACUUGACACUGAUGAAUGGUAAAAAUGUGUUAAUCUUGCAGACCAUUUUCAGAAAUCCACAUACCUUCGAGUAGAAAAGCAAGGUGAUUCUGUGAAUCCGUUUUUGCAAUUGAGUUUUUGAACUACUGUACUUGACUGUUACAUUAACUAUUAUUACAUGGACAGCUAUGAAGUAAUAAGCAGUGGAAAGGGCAUUAUAUCUUUCAAGUUGUAGCAAAUAUAUUUAGGCCAAAAAUGUAACUUUUUGGAACUUAAAAAAUUCAGGUUCUUGGGGCAGAAAAUAGGUAGGCAUGGGAAAAGUUUUUUUUCCUCUGAAGUAACCUGCUUUCAGUAUAACUUUGAGCUAAAACAGAUCAUGACAGUUGCAUCUGACACUUGCGUUCUGACUUUGGGCAGAAUCUUCUGCGUCGUUAAGAAGUUCUUAUAAUGUUAUUCAUUACGUGGAAAUAAGUUGUAGCUCUGAUGUCAAAAAGAAGAUAGAUGUGGAGAAUAAGAACUUUGCAGAGCCAGGUCAACGUGCUGUAAGGGAUCAGUGGAAAAUCUAACACUAUACAAAUAUGGACAUAAUAAAGAAAAUGGUCUUCUGCCAGAGAAAGGAAUAAAACUGUACAAAUGCCAAGAAAAUGGAUGUUAUUAGGAGGUCUGUCUGGAAAGUUUCUUCAUGGAAUUUCAAAGCUUUAAUAUUAUUGCAAGGAGGAUACAGCUUGUUGAAAUAGCCGUUGGUGGCCUGAAGCUGAAACAAAGAGAUGAGAGGUUAUCCUAAGAAACUAAAAGAUGAUUUGAUCAAGAUAUUUGGGUUUUCUGUCCACCCUGCACUGUGGUGAUACCAACUUGUGAGAAGGCUGAGACUGCUGGCUACUCAUUUAAAAGGCUGCUUGUGACCAUUUGGUGAGAUCAUGGCAGAAAAAAAUAGGAAAAAGCAGAAAUGCAGAAGACUGCUUCUUCAGUGAAAAUGAAACACAUCUGUUGGAUGAAAGGUGACUUACAAACGUUUGUGCUUUUUGCCUGGCAAAGGGAUACAGACCAAAAGAGUUAUGCAGGAGACAGCUAUGUAAAUCCAGAAGCAGUGGAGAUCUAAGAGGGCAAUGUGCUGAUGAGCGCAAUGUGAAGUGUUCUGGUAGAUUUCAUGUAAGAUUUGCCCCUAUAUGGAGCAGAGAAGUUAAGAGUAUAAAAGAGAUAUUGGAAAAGCAAAACCUGGGUACUGCCUCUUCCCUGGAUUAGAUUAAAAUGGAGUGAGAAUUAUUAUAAACAGAAUAUACAGAGGCAGCUUGAUUUUAGAGUAAGAUGAACUUAAUUGUCCAUGUAUGUAAAAUGUUGUCUUCAUUGCAUUGUUCCAGUUAGUGAAAGACUAGAUCCAGUGGUUGUUGCUGCUGAUGCUGCAUAUUCAGAUAAGGACUAUGGCAGUUAUCGUAAUCUAUGUGUUAAUGUGUAGAAUACUAUUUGCUGGUAAGUGGAUAGUCUCACAACUUAAUGUGCUGUACAACGUCCUGCAUAAUCUAAAAAUAUCUGGUCUACUACAAAAAUAUUUUAAUAACCUCUUGAAUAUAUUAGGAUUUUUAUGUUGGCAUUUUAUUUAUUUGACAUAGAAUUCUUAGAAGUCUUAGAUUUACGAGGUUGGGGCUCACCACCUCACUGAGCAGUGGUAGCUCAUGUAGCAUGUCUUCCUGCAGAACGUGGUGCAGCUGCACAGCCUCCUGCAGGGAUCAGGGAUGAGUCUUUCCUUAUUUUUUCGUUUAGAGGGCCUGUUUUGCAAGUCCAUAACUGAUACGAUUGAAGUGUCAGCCUUUCUCCCCUGACUUUUUGGCAAAACCGAUAGCUGCCGCUGAACUCCUCUCAAAGAAACUUAAUGCUUCCAUGAGGCUGGUUGUGGUUCUGGUUCUGGAGCCGCUGGGAGGAAUAAAGGCCGAGAAUCAGAGCGUGACACCAGCUGAAAUCGUGGAAAGGAUUGGGAGCUCGCGAUAGACUGCGAUUUUGAGAAGAAGGAGGUGAACGGGUGAACUGCCGGCUCUCAUCACUCACUGAAUGAGCGCUUUCUCGUGGGCCUACAGCCGACGGACCGAGCAUCAGCUACCUCUCCAGAGACUGGGCGGGAGGCUCAUCCCGAGCGUUACCAAAGCAGGCUGGGGGGGCCGGGCCCGGCGGCAGGAGCCGGCGCCGCCCGUUCCUCUCGGCCGCCCCGGGGCCCUGCGCCGCCGCCCUCCCGAGCGCCUUACGGGGCGGCGGGGCCGCUGCGUUGCUACCUCUCCCGGGCGGGUGGCGCCGUGCCGCUGUAGCAGUGCCAAGUCUUGUAAUAAACGUGCUGCUAACUUCCGCACCGCCUCUCAUUUCCCACCGGCGCGGGGCGGGACGCGCUACCGGAAGGGGCGGGGCUUCGGGUGGCGCUUCCGGGUGGCUGGGUGCUGCGGUACCGGCGGCGGAGCGGCACCGGGAGCGGGGGCUGGGCGGAGGGGCGAGCGGCGGAGCGCGGUCCGGCCCGGCCGUGCCCUGAGCUGCCGGCGCCGCUGCGUGCGCUCGGCGCUGCCUGGGCACCGGCGAAGACAGCUCGGCCCCGGGACGGGCGGCCCGCAGGCCCGGCGCCAUGGCCGCGGACUCGGAGGUGCUGCGCUUCCAGUUCGAGCAGCAGGGAGAUGCGGUGCUGCAGAAAAUGAACCUCCUGCGGCAGCAGAACCUCUUCUGCGACGUCUCCAUUUACAUCAACGACACCGAGUUCCACGGGCACAAGGUGAUCUUUGCCGCCUGCUCCACGUUCAUGAGGGAUCAGUUCCUGCUCAACCAGUCCAGGCAGGUGCGAAUCACCAUCCUGCAGAGCGCCGAGGUGGGCAGGAAGCUGCUGCUCUCCUGUUACACGGGUGCGCUGGAGGUCAAGAGGAAGGAGCUCCUGAAGUACCUGACCGCCGCCAGCUACCUCCAGAUGGUCCACAUUGUGGAGAAGUGCAGCGAGGCGCUGUCGAAAUACCUGGAAAUCGACGCUUCCAUGGAGAAUAGCAGCCAGGCUGCAGAGAAAUGCCAUUCCUCUGACACUGAACUGAGGAGCAAGGACGAUGUUUCGGAUAAAGACUGUGAAAUAAUUGAGAUUUAUGAAGAUAGCCCAGUUAAUUUAGAAUUCUCCGUUAAACAGGAGAAGGGGGAUAACUUGCAGCCUGCGGCACAGAGUUUGGGCUCAGAAAGAAAGGACACAGGGACCCCAGACAUAUCAACGGUUGAAAUAGGAUAUAAGGAUGAUGAAAUAUGUAUCUUCAGAAUGGAUUCUAUGAAUGUACCUAAUGUGGAAAACGAUCAUUUUCCUCAGCCUUGCACCUCCUCUAAAACAAACUUAUAUUUUCCCGAAACCCAGCACUCCUUGAUAAAUUCUACAGUUGAAAGCAGAAAUACAGAAAUGUCAGGAAGUCACACUCAGGCUUUUGUCACUGACAAUCCAGAGGGGACUUCCACUCAGAUAAAUGGGUUUCAAAAUCUGGAUGAUUCUGAUCAUUUGUGGCGGAACCAAUGUCCAAAGUGUCCAAGAGGAUUUCUGCAUCUCGAGAACUAUCUUAGACAUCUGAAAAUGCACAAGCUUUUCUUGUGUUUGCAGUGUGGUAAAACAUUUACGCAAAAAAAGAAUCUCAACAGACACAUCCGGGGCCACAUGGGUAUCCGCCCGUUCCAGUGCAUGGUGUGCUUGAAGACGUUCACUGCCAAAAGUACUUUGCAGGAUCACUUGAAUAUACACAGUGGUGACAGGCCCUACAAGUGUCACUGCUGUGACAUGGACUUCAAACACAAGUCUGCUCUUAAAAAGCACCUAACAUCUGUCCACGGAAGGAGUGGCAGCGAAAAACCAAAUCUGAAUACUAUUACAAAAAUUGAAAUAGACUGUGAUUAAUAGGUGAGUGGGUGUGGAGCCAGGCUCCACAAAAAGCUUCUAUGAUUGGUGAUCAGUCAGGUCCUGAAAACAGCCAUCUUGCCUGCUGUGCAAGGGCUGCUGUUGCUGUAAGUCCUCAAAAGGACUUUUUAUUGGUUUAUUAAUUGAAAGUAAAUGGCAAAACACAGGAAACAGUUUCAUGCCUGUCUUGUAACAUCCCUGAAAUGUUCUAAUUAUUAUCUCUUAAUGAUGCUUUGCACUCUUUUGUUUCAAGGGCAGACACUGCCAAUUUUAAAACUUUUAUGGACACUGCAAUAAGCUGAAGCCUGAGCCGUGACACUUCUGAUUUAUAAUGGCUUAGAGAUGUUUAUAGAUAUUCAGCAAGUCAGUCACACCGACUGUAUUCAUGCAUAAUUAUGGUGAUGUCAUCUCCUUCCUUGACUGAACUUUGCUGGAUCUUUCAACAGAAAAAAGGCAUGUGCUCAUACUCAAGUUGCCUUCUGCAAAUAGGGAAUUGGUAAAAGAGAACAAAAAAGUAUUUCAUUGCAGUUUGUGGUUUUUUUAAUUGGAUACUCUCAUUAGAAGGACUUGCAUUCAGUUUUAUGAAUGAGAUCUGAUUUUUUCUAGAUUUCUCUCCAUAUCAUUUCUUCUGUCAUACCAGUGUUUAGUGCCUGUUUGACUUACUCUGAUUAAGUUAGGCCCAUUUGCUGAGCUGUAAGAUUUGUCUUUGUUUUCUUACAAACCUUAGAUACAUAUAUUAAUGUGAAAACAUAAACUGUAUGCUAUUAUAUAAUAACACUUGCUAUGUUCAUUUUGAAAAGCAAUCCAUUAUAUCUUAAAAAGAAUACUUAGACAUAGAGAUCUUCUAAUUCUGUAAUACUGUAAAACAGUAACUGUGUGUUUGGAUAGCUGUGUUUGUACUUUAUCAAAAGUUAUUUCAGUUUCAUCACAAGCAGUGAACUCCUGUAAUGCAAAAUCUUUAUCCUGUACUUGUCUUUGACUGGUAUAUGUUUCUUGCACUUAAUGUGAAAUGAAUAAAGAAUUGAUUCAGUUGUUGUUAUGAGAUAAUUGUACUUACAUUAGAUUCUUCAGUUAGCAGAAAGCAGUUCUUAAUCUUGUCUGUAUCACAUGUGGAUACACUUUCCUUCAAAGUUGACAAACACUGUUGUGAAACUCUUGCUGAGUCCAGAAGUAUCA